UGGGUCGAGGCCGCCCCCGUACCGACCAUCACUGCAGAACAGAUGACGAAGUUCGUUUCCAAGCAAAUUUUGUGUCGAUUUGGGGUGCCUCAGCAGAUCAUCACUGACAACGGAACCCAAUUCGAGGCCGGAGGGUUCAAUGUGUUUCUACAGAGUUGGGGCAUAGGUCACAGCUAUGCAGCGGUCGGGUACCCUCAAACCAAUGGACAGGUCGAGAACACCAAUCGCACCAUCAUGGACGGACUCAAGAAGAAAAUAAUGGAAUGCAAAAGUGUCUGGGUGGAGGAAUUGCCCUACAUCUUGUGGACCUACAGGACUACCCCAAGGAAGGCCACAGGUGAAACUCCUUUCUCGCUCACAUAUGGAUUUGAAGCAAGGGCUCCAGCAGAGACCUCAUUGUUGAGCUAUAGAGUGAAGACGUUUGAUGCACAAGAGAAUGAGGAGAAUUUGAGGGCAGAACUGCACCUCGUUGAUGAGCGAAGGGAAAGGGCAUAUAUGCGAGCAGAAAAUUAUCGCCGACAGGUCAAGUCAUAUCACGACCAGCGGGUACGACCAAGGAAGUUCCAGGUGGGCGACUGGGUCCUUCGGAAAAGGGAAGUCAGCCGACCGACCGAUGGAGGGAAGUUUGCUAAAAGCUUCGAGGGACCAUACAUCAAAAAGGAGGCAUUGGCUGAUGGGACGUUUAGAUUGCAAACUCCAGCCGGCGGCGACGUUCCUCGAGUGUGGAAUGCCGCCAACCUUGUUAAAUUCUAUCAGUAGAUUGUAUCCCAGCUAUGCUUCUAUCUUGAAAUUUAAUAAAACCAGCAUUCUGGCAUAUCUUGUCUUCAAUUCUCAAAAAAAAAAGGAGCGACCGAAAGAGAUCGCUAAGCCUAAACUGCAUGGUGAUCCGUGCUAAGAUACCCAGUAGUGGGCGAAGCGUCGAACCCUGUCAAGCGACCAAGGUUGAAGGCUACGCCGAGGCAGGGGAGCCCAAGAAAACGGCUAAGUCAGG